CAGGCAGGGGCCCCCCGCUCGGCCACCUCCUCGCCCCGCGGCCGCCCCUGGAAGAUGUCUCAGGAGAGGCCCACGUUCUACCGGCAGGAGCUGAACAAGACCAUCUGGGAGGUGCCCGAGCGAUACCAGAACCUGUCCCCGGUGGGCUCGGGCGCCUAUGGCUCGGUUUGUGCUGCUUUUGAUACAAAGACAGGACAUCGUGUGGCAGUGAAGAAGCUGUCAAGACCGUUUCAGUCCAUCAUUCAUGCCAAAAGGACCUACAGAGAGCUGCGCCUGCUGAAGCACAUGAAACAUGAGAAUGUCAUCGGUCUGUUGGAUGUGUUUACGCCCGCAAGGUCCCUGGAGGAAUUCAAUGAUGUGUACUUGGUGACACAUCUCAUGGGGGCAGACCUGAACAACAUCGUGAAGUGUCAGAAGCUUACUGAUGACCAUGUUCAGUUCCUCAUCUACCAGAUCCUCCGAGGAUUGAAGUAUAUACAUUCAGCUGACAUAAUUCACAGGGACCUGAAGCCUAGUAACCUAGCUGUGAAUGAAGACUGUGAGCUGAAGAUUCUGGAUUUCGGACUGGCUCGGCAUACUGAUGAUGAAAUGACAGGCUACGUGGCUACCAGGUGGUACAGGGCUCCUGAGAUCAUGCUGAACUGGAUGCACUACAACCAGACAGUGGAUAUUUGGUCCGUGGGCUGCAUCAUGGCUGAGCUGCUGACCGGAAGAACGCUGUUUCCUGGUACAGACCAUAUUGAUCAGUUGAAGCUCAUUUUAAGACUCGUUGGAACCCCAGGGGCUGAGCUUCUGAAGAAAAUCUCCUCAGAGUCUGCAAGAAACUACAUUCAGUCCCUGGCCCAGAUGCCGAAGAUGAACUUCGCAAAUGUGUUUAUUGGCGCCAAUCCCCUGGCUGUGGAUCUACUGGAAAAGAUGCUCGUCUUGGACUCCGAUAAGAGGAUCACAGCAGCCCAAGCUCUGGCACAUGCAUACUUUGCUCAGUACCACGACCCUGAUGACGAGCCUGUGGCUGACCCUUACGACCAGUCCUUUGAAAGCAGGGAUCUCCUAAUAGAUGAGUGGAAAAGCCUGACCUACGAUGAAGUCAUCAGCUUUGUGCCACCGCCCCUUGACCAAGAAGAAAUGGAGUCCUGAACACCUGGUUCUGUUCUGUCGAUCCCACUUCACUGUGAGGGGAAGGCCUUUUCAUGGGAACUCUCCAAAUAUCAUUCAAGUGCCUCUUGUUGAAAGAUUCCUUCAUGGUGGAAGGGGGUGCAUGUAUGUGCAUAGUGUUCACGUGUGUGUGUGUGUGUGUGUGUGUGUGUCUGUCUGUCUGUCUGUCUGUCUGUCUGUCUGUCUGUCUUUGUGGAUGGAAGUCACUUCAUGAGUUGUGGAUGCUCCAUGGCAGCCUCUCCUGCUUUCUCAGAGUCCGGGCAGGCUGAUGGAAACUGCUCUCUUGUUAGGGAUGCAUUAAGUGCAGAGUAAAAUUUUAAAGAUCCCUAUUCCUAGUUACACUUUUGCCACUCUGGCUUCUCUUGUGUUCCUGCCUUUUACCACACACCACAGUGGUGUAGAGAGGCCAUCCCCCAGCCAUGCAUACAGCUGAAGAGGACCAACUGGCUCCUGGGCUCUAGCCUGUGGUUGGCUUGCUUACCGUGGUCUUCAGAGCCUGACAGGUGUGUCCAAAGCUGUCAGUUUGUGCCUUAAAAGGAGAAGGACGCAUAGAAAGUUACAGAACCGCAGCUGCUGACAUUCUGAACCAGGCCAGUGCACAGGGCUAUUGGGUGACCAGUAGUGAGCUGGAAGAAACAAGGCAGCCUUCAGGGAGGCCGUGUGUGUAUCUGUGUCUCUGUUUCCACACGCGCAUGUGCAUGCAUGUCUGUGUGGCCGCCCUCCCUCUCCCAGGAGUGAGCGGUGUCUGUGCUUACCCCUCACCUCAGUACAGAGAUCUCCAGUGCCAGGUGCAGGUUCCUGCUGUCAGCCGCUUCCUGUGCGCUCUUCACAUCUAGCAGAGUGCGGGUGUGUUUGCAUGCUUGUACAACCCCUGUCUGACUGCCAGGUGCGUGGAGACUUCCUGGCAGCCCUAGUCCACGUUGCCUCAGCUGAUGCCAUGGGCACGCUCCUGCCUCCUCACUCCAGUGCGCCUGUGUUGAACACAGCUGAUCCUCCAGGUGCUAAUGGUGCAGAGACACGCGGGACGGACAGACACCUGGAGGCCUGCCAUCUGACUGUCACCAGUCAAGGGGAAACGAGGCCUUUCCUGAGAAUGUCCUCAGCUCUGGAUAUCGUCUUCUCCUCACUUGUGAUAACCAGCUAAGAAACUCUGAACCGAAGUGAGGAGCAAAGUCUUGUGGGCCAGGACUCCUUCCAGUCUCUCUCAGUAGUGUUGUUAGGGCAGAGCCAGGCGGUCAGAGGCACCUUUCCUCGGAAGGGUCCUCCCGGCAGCUUGACAUUGACUGAUUCUCAGUCUCAGUGUUGAUUUGGGGAGAAAUCAAUUUUGUCUUGGAAUUUUGUAUGUUUUAGGAAUCCUGAGAGAAUGUGAUUCCUUCUGAUGGGGAGAAAGGGCAAAUUAUUUUAAUGUUUUAUAUUUUCACCUUUAUAAAGAUGAAAUCCUCAGGGGUGAAGAACUGUUUGCAUAACUCUGAAUUUCAGGCACUUUGUGCUAUAUGAGGACCCAUAUAUUUAAGCCUUUUGUGUAAUAAGAAAAUGUACAGCCAAUUCCAGUGUUGGCCGUGACAGGUCUUGUAUUUAGGUCAAGAGGUCUCUAUUCUCUAUCAGUGCAGGGACGUGCAUGCUCCAGACUGCCAGGGUGGGACCUUGCGUCAUCCAGGCCAAGGAAGAGGCAGACUGGCCAGGCCUUGCCACCUCAGCGUGCACCUCAGCUCCCACACCCCAGCAGGACGCAUCCUAGUGGUGUGUCUGGUUAUGAAGGCGAGUGUGAUUCCCGACAGUUCUGCUCGGAUUACUUUAUUCAGAUGUCUUUGCACAUGUGACCAUGCUGUGUUAAGAGGCCAUGCUCCAGAGCCCGGAUUCACUAGAGCUGGCUGAAGAGCUCCUGGCAUCCAUAGCCAAAUGCUGCCAUCUCCCAGGUUCUCCUCCAGAAAACAAGGGAAUGAGGGAACUGCUGUUCUGUGUGUAUUCAUGAACUCGGCUGUAGUCCCAUAUGCCAUAGGAUGUCAGGCAAUACCACUGGGUAAAUAAAGCCUAUUUUUCAAAUUCA